AUGUUCUCCGGACUCGGCAAGUCCGACAGAGGAGGACUGAAUUCCCCUUAUCCGGAAGCAAGUCCGGAAGAUGAGGAGGCCUUGCGGGCCUUCACGCUUGUCCCCCCCUCCGUCGAUGUGGAUCUCGCCUUACGCCUAUGGAACUCUGACUUUGUCCGCGAGGCCUGGGCCAAGUCCAACAUCCGAGAUAUCUUCCAGGAGUCAGGGGCUGGACCUACCACGGAGUGUAAAGUGGUCCUUGCCCUGAGCCGUGGAGGUCUAAGUCAGCAUGACUUGCGCCUAGCGAUAGAGGAGGACGGCAAGAGUCGCAAUCUCGCCUGGAAGCUGCGAGAUUCUUCGGAUAGCAUCAUUCCCAUCAAGAUGCUAGUUUCAGGCGAGCAGGAAAAGGCCCAGCGGCCGAGGGACAUUGAACGAGCCGGGGCCUCUCUUGCCGCAGAGAAGGAGGAUACUUCUGGUCAGAAAAGUAACGAGGAGACGGAGAAGCUCGCGACGGAGCGAUUCCCGCGAUACCUCCUGACGUUUGCGAACGCGAUAGAGAGUCGACGAUUUGCGAGGAAUUGGCACAAGCGUACUGUGCAUGAUGACGUGAACAAAUGGACUGUCGAGGCAGAGGCUACGGCUCUGUGGUGA